AUGUCAAUAGUUCGUGUCUUAGAUCUAGUGAAACCUUUCACUGGUUUCUUACCAGAAGUUGUUGCACCAGAAAGAAAGGUCCCUUUCAAUCAAAAAUUAAUGUGGACCGGGGUUACCUUAUUAAUCUUUUUAGUUAUGAGUGAAAUCCCAUUAUAUGGUAUUGUUUCAUCAGAUUCUUCAGAUCCUUUAUUCUGGUUAAGAAUGAUGUUGGCCUCCAACAGAGGUACCUUAAUGGAAUUAGGUGUCUCUCCAAUUGUCUCAUCUGGUAUGGUUUUCCAAUUAUUACAAGGUACUCAAUUAUUAGAUGUUAAUUUAGAAAGUAAAUCUGAUCGUGAAACUUUCCAAACUGCUCAAAAAUUAUUCGCAAUCUUAUUAUCAAUUGGUCAAGCUACUGUUUAUGUUUUAACUGGUAUUUAUGGUAGACCAAGUGAUUUAGGUGUUGGUGUUUGUUUAUUAUUAAUCUUACAAUUGGUCUUUGCCGGUAUCAUUGUUAUUCUUUUAGAUGAAUUAUUACAAAAAGGUUACGGUUUAGGUUCAGGUAUUUCAUUAUUCAUGGCUACCAACAUUUGUGAACAAAUUUUCUGGAAAGCUUUUGCUCCAACUACUGUUAACAAUGGUCGUGGUGAUGAAUUUGAAGGUGCUGUUGUUGCUUUAUUCCAUUUAUUAGCCAUCAGAAAAGAUAAAAAAAGAGCUAUUGUUGAAGCUUUUUAUAGACAAAACUUACCAAACUUGUUCCAAUUAUUGGCUACAUUUAUUGUCUUUUUCCUUGUUGUUUUCUUACAAGGUUUCCGUUAUGAAAUCCCAGUUAGAUCAACUAGACAAAGAGGUCCAUAUGGUUUAUACCCAAUCAAAUUAUUCUACACUUCAAACACUCCAAUUAUGUUACAAUCCGCUUUAACUUCAAAUUAUUUCAUCAUUUCACAAAUGCUGUAUCAAAAAUUCCCAUUAAACCCAAUUAUUCGUUUAUUCGGUGUUUGGGAUGCUAGACCAGGUUCUGCUCAAUUAUUUGCUACCAAUGGUAUUGCUUACUAUAUUCAACCACCAUUUUCAUUAACUGAAGCUUUUUUAGACCCAAUUAAAACUACAAUUUAUGUUGCUUUUGUCCUAGGUGUUUGUGCUCUGUUCUCUAAAACUUGGAUCGAAAUUUCUGGUACCGCUCCAAGAGAUAUUGCUAAACAAUUCAAAGAUCAAGGUUUAGUUAUCGCUGGUCAUCGUGAAACUUCAGUCUACAAAGAAUUGAAAAGAAUCAUUCCAACUGCUGCCGCUUUCGGUGGUGCUUCAAUUGGUGCCUUAUCAGUUGCUUGUGAUUUAUUAGGUACUUUAGGUUCUGGUACUUCCAUCUUAUUAGCUGUUACAACUAUCUACAGUUAUUACGAAAUUUUCGCUAAAGAAGGUGGUUUCCAACAAAAUGUUGUUUCUGGUUUCUCUGAAGCUUUCUAA